UCUUCCAGGCGUCUCUCCCCUCUUCGGCUGUCUCCAUGGGGCUUUAGCGUCCCGCGAAAAGACAUUUAUCCCGCAAAGCCCCCUCUUUGGUGGCUCUCCCCCACCCCUCUCUCUCUCUCGCAAGGGAAGCCCGCCUUUUUUGUGUCUUGUCACCUCGCAGGAGGAUCAGUCGGGUGCCUCUCGUCGGCUGGCUUUCUGGGUGGAGGACACCCUCGCACCCCCAGGCAGACCUACACCUACUGCAUCACUAUGGAUUUUGGUGCUUGCCCCUUCCGGAAGAAACGGAGACCGUGGCGCGUGCACCUCUCCUCCAUCGCCUUGGCAACAGUGGUGCUCGCCGUGUGCCACAGCACCUUGGCGCAGGCAGACCCGGUGGACGUGCUGCGGGCUCUGCAGGUUCCCUCUCUGCCUGAGGGGGUGAAGAAAGUCCCGGGCUUCUGCACGUCCCGGCGCUUCAGCAGCCCCGACCACGCCUACCGCAUCACCAAGAAGGCCCAGAUCUCCGCCCCCACCAAGCAGCUCUUCUCAGGUCGUUUCCCGGAGAACUUCUCCGUCAUGGCUCUGGUGAAGGCGCAUGCGGGUCUCCAGGCCUUCCUGCUGUCCAUCUACAGCGAGCAGGGCGUCCAGCAGCUGGGCAUCGAGCUCGGACGCUCACCCGUUUUCCUGUACGAGGACCAGAACAGCAAGCCCGCCCCUGAGGACUACCCACUCUUCAAAGGCGUCAACCUGGCUGACGGCAAGUGGCAUCGCAUCGCCUUCUCGGUGUCCAAGAAGAACGUGACGCUGCUCCUGGACUGCAAGAAGAGGAUGAGCCGCCCUCUACCCCGCGGCAACAAUGCCGAGAUCGACACCAACGGCAUCACCGUGUUUGGCGCCCGUCUGCUGGAUGAGGAGGUGUUCCAGGGUGACAUUCAGCAGCUGCUGAUCGCCUCCAAUGCUCAGGCCGCCUACGACUUCUGUGAGCACUACAGCCCCGACUGCGACUCCGCCCCCAAGACCCAGGCCCAGGACCCCAACACAUACAAGAUGAAUGGCAAAGCACCUCCCACCAAAUCCACCCCCGUCAAAGCCAAGCCCACCCUGCCCAAGCCCGCCAAGGGCGGAACCUUCAAAGUCGUCAAGCCUCCGAUGCCCAGCAAAGCCCCCAAGGCUUCCACAGCCAAGCCGUCCAAAGCCAAGCCCACUGCCGCCUCUGUCUUCUUGUCCAAGAUCAAGACCACGUCAGCCGCGAAGCUGAAGACCACCACCGCCCCGGCUAAGAACGGCAAACCGGCUGCUGAGAAGAAGGCCGGUGGAAAAGCUGUUGUGGUAAAAACUGUUAAAAAUGGUAAAGCUGCCGCUGAGGCCAAAGGGAAUGGCGGCGGCAAGGCUGUGGUAGAGAAGAAGGCCUACAGUAACGUAAAGUCCUCAGCUGAGAAGAAAGCCGUCAGCAAGGCGGCGUCCAAGGUUUCAGGCCGAGCUGAGAACAAAGUCAGCAGUGAGGCUAAAGCUCAUAGCAACAGCAAAGUUACUGUGGUAGAAAGGAAAGGUCAGUCGAAAACUGAAACCACUACGAAAGCAAAGACCGUCACUGUAAAAGUAGAGAAGACGACUAUGAGCGCGGCGACGACCGCUUCCAAAGUAGAAGCUACCAAGGCUCCCAAGGCCACAAAAGCAGCAAAACCAGAACCAACCAAAGCAGCCAAAAGUGUGGUGGAAAAGGCUCAAGUGAAGUCAGAAGUCAAAGUCAAAACGGUGGUCUCCAAAGUGCCCCUCGUCAAGCCCACGGCGAGCAAAGCAGUGAAGACCUUGGUGGAGAAGCUGCCCUUCGCCAAGAAGGUACUCACGACGUCGGCUCCUGUCCGGCCCACUCCCCCAAGGCCCACCAAGUCCAAAGCUGCGCUGGACAUUAACAUCAAAUCCCACCACAAGCCGUUCCCGCCUUUUGGCAAGACAGCGCUGAGCGGAACAGCUGUCCCCACCAAGAAAUAUGACAACGGUUACCAACAGGAUGUAGACACUGAAUAUUCCGAGGCUGGCCACACCCCCACAGAGACCGAUUAUUUCUAUGAGGAGACGCUGCCCCAGCCCGAGGGUGAGGUGAUUGGACAAGAAGAGAGCCCUACGCAGCCCCAGGUGGAGCCGGUGUUGGUCGGGGAGGAGGUGGACUCCACCAAGGCUGGCGUCGACGGGGAGCCCUUCACCGAGGAGUACGUGACCGGCGACUUGGGCCUGAAGGAAUACGACUAUUCCUAUCGGGACUACAGCGAGCCGCUACUUGAGGCCGCAGAGGUCGGAGGUGACAUUGGCCCCGCCCUGUCCGCUGUGACAGACGAGGGAGGCGCGGCCUUCAGAGCUCAGAAGGGUGAGAAGGGAGAGCCCGCCGUCCUGGAGCCUGGCAUGCUGAUUGAGGGACCUCCUGGACCUGAAGGACCUGCUGGUCCCACCGGCCCCCCUGGUAGCUCCGGCCCUCCCGGUUCCGUCGGUGAUCCCGGCGAGAGGGGCCCUCCCGGCAAGCCCGGUUUGCCUGGUGCCGACGGUGUGCCCGGACCUCCCGGAUCCUCAGUGAUGCUGCCUUUCCGUUUCGGUCAGAGUGGCGGAGAUAAGGGUCCCGUGGUGUCUGCGCAGGAAGCCCAAGCAGCCGCCAUCUUGUCUCAGGCCAGAAUGGCGCUGAAAGGACCUCCUGGACCAAUGGGAUUCACCGGACGUCCCGGACCACAGGGAAACCCAGGCAGCCAUGGUCUUAAAGGAGAAAGUGGAGAUCCGGGUCCCCAGGGGCCCAGGGGAACUCAGGGUCUGUUGGGACCACCCGGCAAAGCAGGAAGGAGAGGUCGUGCCGGAGCUGAUGGAGCGAGGGGGAUGCCUGGAGAACCCGGCACUAAGGGUGACCGUGGCUUCGAUGGUCUUCCUGGUUUGCCAGGGGACAAAGGACACAGGGGUGACACCGGACCCUUGGGGCCCCCCGGACCUCAAGGAGAGGACGGCGAGAGGGGAGACGACGGUGAGGUCGGACCGAGGGGUCUUCCAGGUGAACCAGGACCUCGUGGCUUGCUCGGCCCAAAAGGUCCUGCUGGAAUUCCCGGACCCCCUGGUGUUCGAGGAAACGACGGACCCGUUGGUCCUAAGGGGAACCUGGGUCCUCAAGGAGAGCCCGGACCUCCAGGUCAGCAGGGGACAUCAGGAACUCAGGGAAUGCCGGGACCUCAGGGAGCCAUGGGAGCCCCCGGAGAGAAGGGCCCUACAGGAAAACCAGGUCUGCCAGGAAUGCCCGGCGCUGAUGGCCCUCCUGGUCACCCAGGAAAGGAGGGACCCUCGGGCACCAAAGGAAACCAGGGCCCCAACGGUCCCCAGGGCGCUAUUGGCUAUCCUGGCCCUCGUGGCAUCAAGGGGGAACAAGGGAUCCGAGGACUGAAGGGUCACAAGGGCGAGAAGGGAGAAGACGGUUUCCCUGGAAUUAAGGGUGACUUUGGUGCCAAAGGAGAGAGGGGCGAGAUCGGAGUGUCUGGUCCCAGAGGAGAGGACGGCCCAGAGGGGCCAAAGGGUCGUGUUGGGCCUCCUGGUGAGCUUGGACCUCUGGGUCCCGUCGGAGAGAAGGGAAAACUCGGCGUCCCUGGACUUCCUGGUUACCCUGGAAGACAAGGACCCAAAGGGUCUCUGGGAUUCCCAGGAUUCCCUGGCUCAAACGGAGAGAAGGGAACAAGGGGUCUGACGGGCAAACCAGGACCAAGAGGACAAAGAGGGCCAACGGGUCCCAGGGGCCAGCGAGGACCACGAGGGGCAACCGGAAAGCCAGGUGCAAAGGGAACUUCCGGAAGCGACGGUCCUCCUGGUCCACUCGGAGAGAGGGGAUUGCCCGGACCUCAAGGAGCCAAUGGUUUCCCCGGACCAAAAGGACCUCCCGGACCACCAGGAAAGGACGGGCUGCCUGGACAUCCCGGACAGAGAGGAGAAGUUGGUUUCCAAGGAAAGAUGGGUCCACCAGGGCCUCCUGGAGUGGUCGGACCUCAGGGCCCAUCAGGAGAGACUGGUCCCAUGGGUGAGCGCGGCCACCCUGGACCCCCAGGUCCACCUGGAGAGCAGGGACUUUCUGGCCCCUCUGGAAAGGAAGGCACCAAGGGAGACCCGGGCCCUCCAGGAGGUCCAGGUAAAGACGGACCCCCCGGACUGAGAGGCUUCCCUGGAGAGAGAGGACUUCCUGGUACCCCUGGAGGUGGAGGACUGAAGGGAAGCGAAGGACCUGCCGGACCUCCUGGACCUGCUGGAUCUCCUGGUGAGAGAGGACCUGCUGGCACUGCCGGACCUGUUGGGCCCCCUGGCAGGCCAGGCCCACAAGGACCUCCUGGUCCCGCUGGAGAGAAGGGUGUUCCUGGUGAGAAAGGUCCAAUCGGCCCUGCAGGGCGGGAUGGAGUACAGGGUCCUGUGGGUCUUCCAGGCCCGGCCGGAACACCAGGAGGACCAGGAGAGGACGGAGACAAGGGUGAGGUGGGAGAACCCGGCCAGAAGGGCGCCAAAGGAGGCAAAGGAGAGCAUGGACCUCCCGGUCCACCCGGCCCAAUGGGGCCCGUCGGUCAGCCUGGUCCUGCUGGUGCCGAUGGAGAGCUCGGACCCAGAGGCCAGCAGGGGCCUUUUGGAGCCAAAGGAGACGAAGGAUCCCGAGGAUUCCCCGGAGCCCCUGGACCCAUCGGACUGCAGGGACUGCCAGGACCACCAGGCGAGAAGGGAGAGACCGGUGAUGUUGGACCUCUGGGUCCUCCAGGCCCUCCAGGACCUCGUGGCCCUGCUGGACCCAACGGCGCUGACGGUCCCCAAGGACCUCCUGGAGGUUUGGGUAAUCCUGGACCUAUUGGAGAGAAGGGAGAGCCUGGAGAGGCCGGACCACCUGGAAUUGGAGGAGAACCAGGAAAGAAGGGUCCUCGAGGCGAGCGCGGAGAGAAGGGAGAGGCUGGACAACCUGGAACUGCUGGUCCCCCUGGAGGACGAGGACGGCCUGGAGAUGAUGGUCCUAAAGGAAACCCUGGUCCAGUUGGUUUCCCUGGCGAUCCUGGUCCCCCUGGUGAGGUUGGACCCAGAGGCCAAGAUGGCGCCAAAGGAGAGCGAGGAGAAGAUGGCGAACAGGGAGAAUCUGGCUCUCCUGGUCCGCCCGGAGAGAACGGACCUCCUGGUCCCCCGGGAAAGAGGGGUCCUGCUGGGACGAGAGGACCUGAGGGUCGGCAGGGUGAGAAGGGAACCAAGGGCGACCCAGGCGCCCUUGGCCCUCCAGGAAAGACCGGUCCCGUCGGUCCUCAGGGCCAACCAGGAAAACCGGGAACUGAAGGUCUGCGUGGUCUCCCAGGAUCAGUGGGUGAGCAAGGAUCUCCCGGCCCGGCCGGACCCAAGGGACCACCCGGACCUGUCGGACCUCCAGGUUUGCUGGGUCUGCGAGGAGACCCGGGUGCUAAAGGAGAGAAGGGACACCCGGGUCUUAUUGGCCUCAUCGGACCCCCGGGAGAGCAAGGAGAGAAGGGUGACCGGGGUUUGCCGGGGCCUCACGGGUCGAGUGGACCCAAGGGAGAAACUGGAAUGCCCGGCGGCACCGGACCCCUCGGCCCUGCUGGUCCUCCUGGUCUUCCUGGUCCUCAAGGUGUCAAAGGAGCCAAGGGUGCUGCUGGAGGAGCUGGUCCGAAAGGAGAAAAGGGUGUUCCAGGACCUCCAGGACUUCCUGGCCCGCCAGGCGAGGUCAUCCAGCCCCUCCCCAUCCAGAGGAGCCCCAAGUCCAAACGUUCCAUCGACGCCAGUCAACUGCUCCCUGAGUCCGACCCCGACAUGCCUGCAUCCGACGCCACCGGCGCUGAGUUCCUGAUGGGCAGCGACGGCAUGGAAGAGAUCUUCGGCUCCCUCAACUCGCUGCGGCAGGAGAUCGAGACCAUGCGCUUCCCGCUGGGCACCCAGGAGAGUCCGGCCCGCACCUGCCUGGACCUGCACCUCAGCCAGCCCGAGCUCAAAGACGGAGAGUACUGGAUUGACCCCAACCAGGGCUGCUCCAGAGAUUCCUUCAAGGUCUUCUGUAACUUCACCAAUGGGGAGACGUGCCUGCACCCCCACAAGAGUGUCAACACGGUGAAGAUGAGCUCGUGGGAGAAAGAGACUCCUGGAUCCUGGUUCAGUCAGUUUGCCACCGGCAGCAAGUUCUAUUACGUGGACUCAGAUGGCGAGCCGGUGGGCGUGGUCCAGCUGGGCUUCCUUCGUCUCCUCAGCGUUCAGGCCCGCCAGCAGCUCACCUACCACUGCCACCGCUCGGUGGCGUGGGCCGACCGCAGCGCCAAGAACAACUACGAUCGGGCGCUGCGCCUCCAGGCCGCCAACGAGGACGAGCUGAGCUACGAGACCUACCCGUACAUCGAGGCGCUGGUGGAUGGCUGCUCUUAUCGUAAAGGCUUCGACAGGACAGUGCUGGAGAUCAACACGCCACAGGUGGAACAUCUCCCUCUGCUGGACAUCAAAGUGUCGGACUUUGGGGAGAGCAACCAACAGUUUGGAUUUGAAGUGGGACCUGUGUGUUUCCAAGGCUAAUCUCUCUCACACACACACACACACGCACUUAGAGACACCUACACAAUCACACACACCCAGUAAAUUAACUUGUAAAUGUUAUGGAAUACACACACACGCACACACACACACACACACACACACACACAGAUGGACGGUGUUGCGAGGCAAAGCCAGCAUCCUCCGUGGAAAAAAAAGCAACAUAAAAAAGUGAAAGAGAAGUUGGACCACCGAGAGGAGCGGCUUCUUCACAAAGACGCAGCAUCCAAAAAAGGGGGGCCGGCUGCAAACUUGAAGCCCGCCCCCCCCACCAAUCCCCCCUCAAGGCCCACCCUUCUCCGCAACUCUGCCCCCCCACCCCCCCACCCCAUGAGCGCUCCAGAGGGUUUCCAGCUUGUUUCGUUUUGCCGCCUUUGCCGAACCCUCCCGCUUGGUCACGUGACCUCCGCAAUGUGACCCACAAGGCCUCCUCUCCCCUCGUGUCCUCCACCCUCCUCUCCCCUCGUGUCCUACACGCGGGACCGCAGCGUUCUCCACCCAGCGCUCGCCUCCCGACAGCAGGGUUGCCAAAUGUUCCAGCAUGCCCUCUUCGCUGAAUAAAAAAAAGCUUGUUUCCCUGAGAGAAAGUGUGUGGCAAAGUGCUAAUUGUGCCAAAGUUCGACCCCCCGUUGUGACGUAAUCAAGCCUCCACCUGGGCAAAUGUGCAUUACACUCCAUUUGUACAGAAAUAGUGAUAUUCUAUUGUAUUUAUUGAAGAACAAACAGGGUGCUUUGAGAUUAAAAAAAAGAACGGACCACCAAACAUUCCCGUCACAUGUGGUAUUUUUCAUUUGUGUUUACUUCCUUUUUUGGAAGACCAAAGAAUCAGCGGCCAUGCUGGACUGUGACAUCAAACCUGUCAGCGCUGUGCUGUUCAAAUGUUUCCAGUCUAACCAUUAAAAAGGUGACUCUCCAGCUCUGUCUUGACGUGCGCUGCUUUCCAAGUUCACGCUUUUGCUGCGGUGUUUUUCUUUCUGAUGGUUUUCAAGUCUGCUUGAGAGCAUGGGGUGGCGGGGGAGGGAUGUCUCUGUCAGCCAUAUUGUGUUUUGUGUUUUUUAUUUCAUCUUACGUGCUCCUGAUUUUACUUUUUAAUAUAUCAAGGGAAGUGGGCGGGGCAGGCCGAAACCUAAAACCAAAUAAAAAAAAUGUCCUUCAGAGAGAAUGACCUCAACUACUAGUUUGUUUUUAUUGCGUUGAAGACAUUUCAACAAAAGAAAUAUGGUGCUGACAAUAAAAGUAUUAUUUUAUAAUGUUUGUAAGUAUUUUUUAAAUUCCUGUAAUAUAUCAUCUUUUCUAAAAUGACCUUUUUGACUGUGUGUUUCUUCCGAGCUUAGCGCUUGCAUUACAAUGGUUGGCCACAGGGUGGCACUGUAACCCACAGUAGCGUAAGAAGAAGAUAAGCGGCACAUUUUGUCCAUGUGGGAUGAAAAUUCAUAUACAGAUACACAUACCUAAAAAAAACUAUUUAAGAAAAAAUAUACACAUCUAAAACGUAAGUUUUCACUUGCCAGUUUGUUUUAUUCGAUGUAGUUUGGACUUAGCCCAUAAUACCCAUCAUGACACGAGUGUCAGAGACACUCUAAAUGUCCUAAAAUACAGUAUGUCCUGUACGGCUUUGCUAGACUGAAACCAAUUCAGAUCCUAAGUUUACGUAAAGGAAACAUUUUCGAGUGGUUGUCAUGUGGCUAUCGUAGGAUAUGGAUUCCCCAAAAUGGCAGUAUGUCAGUGGAAAUGUGUUGCUGCUGAAUCACUGGCACAGUGUGGGCGUAUAAGGAAGUUACCAUACGCGGAAGAUAUGAAGUAUGGUUCCAGUACGCUCCAGAGGCUCCAAGGCGCCGCCCCACCCAAAUGCCUGGGAAAAAAGUCUGCAUGAUGGGAUCAGGAAUCUGGAUGACAAGCGGGUUCACUCUGUGUGUAGCAUCAAGAACCAAAGAUCCUCUACAUGACAGGAACACUCUGUUGUUUACCUGAAGAAGGCGGAGUAUAACAUGGUUGAUCAUCCCGAGUGAAAACAGUCUAAAUAUGCCUUUUUAACAUUAUUAGAGGAGUUUGAGGUGUGCACUUUGGAUGUAAACAUGAAGUGUGUGUGUGUGUGUGUCCACACAGGGCGCCACCCUGGACGGUGCACUUUGUCAAUUCCGAUCAAUAUGCGGAGAGGAUGGCGUGUCGGUGGGAUCUGCUGUCAGAGAGCGACACGGCAAAGAUGAAUCCGUGCACAGGGAGGCGUCUGCUUCAGUCUGAGGAAGAUGGAUCACAUUGUGUACCUGCACCAGGAGGAUUUUGAUGUGACGGUGGAGCCCGGUGUGACCCGGAAGACUCUCAAUGCCGACCUGCGGGACACAGGACUCUGGUUUCCUGUUGGUCAACCAUCUUGCUGUUGGAGGCGAUGGAGAUCUUCCCUUUGGUGUUGGUGCUGUCAUACAGGGACAUCAGACUCUCUUGGUUCCCAUCCAUCUUCUCCCUAAACACAUCUAGCUCAAUCAUCCCACCAUCUGAUCUGAAGGUCACAGUGAAGAAGUAGGCGCCCUUGUAGGGGGCUGUGAAAAUGCCUGCAGGGGGACAAUCACACCUUCAUUAGUGCCCCCCCCCCAGUGGUGCUGUCAAGAGCCUUCAGGUGGUCGUUCAUCCUUCCAGUCACAUCCUUGAAGUACAUGAGUAUAAGUACUACUGCAGUACAUGGUGUCUGUACGUGCUAAUGAAGUACUCAGGCGGUCCAUGCGUGUAGUCCACAGCCAGGAAGGCAAAGGAAUCCAUCCCACUUCGAUGGCUAUGAAGAGGAACAUCACGAUGAAGAGGAUCUGGAGGUCUUUUCCCUUCAACCACUUGACUCCAGUCUUUCUGUGAUCUGAAUGAGAGAAGAUGGAAGAACAUGCUGCUUCUAAACAAACACUAUGGGGCUUCAUGGCUGGGGGGGUGUGAGAGCAGACAUGUGACCCCAGUCAGGGCCAACGACGAGCCCAAACAAACUAAGUCAAAGUGAAAUAAAAAAUGCUAUUUGUUAGUACAUUAACAAUGAACAUUUAAACACUGUGUAUUUAAGUUUAUACCUUUAAAAAUAGCAAAAAUGCUAAUAUGCUAACAUUACCGAGUAAAAAUGGCUCAAGUGCUAAGAUGCUAGCUAGCAUAUAAACAAUGUUAACGUGCUAAUGUUUAGCAUGCUAAUGAUGCUAACAUGCUAGUAGCUAGCAUGCUAGUGCUGAGUGCUUAUGCGAGUUUAUGCCGAUAAAAAUGGCUUAACGCUUCUGACUCAUCAGUACCCAAAAGGUUAAAAAAAGGAUUUAAAAAAUUUGACUUUGUCGUGCAAUUUUGUGCACAGAUUGCUAAAUGUAAAUGCUAGCGGCAUGAAACUACCAGUGAGCUUUGGAGACGUCAUUGGCUCAUGUGACGUUUUCCCCGGGGUUCUUUGGAGUCCGAAUCCGAAAUACACGCACAGUAAGUUUGAAUAGUGCCCCCUUUCGGCCAAUAUACUCCCAUUAUAAACAUCUAUUUUUCAUGUUGAAUAAUCCUAAUAUUUUAAUUUUUUCCUGUAAAUAACAGAUGAAUCCCACGCUCGGAGUCGGGUUUUCGGUGAAAAGGUGACUGGAGUUGUUUAAUUUUUCACCACUAGAUGGCGCCAGAGACCAACAGUUGCUUUGGGAAAACCUGUUUGCUAUUACGACGCUCUUCGGGAGGUGAAUCGUGUGCGUGCAUCUGUGUUCGUGCGUGCACGGGCGCGCGCAUCUUCUGCUGAGACGUGCAGAUAAUGAUUAUUGCGCGAGGUCUGCACAAUAAAAGCACUGAAUUUCACAAAAUCGUUGAUCCUUUUGCAAAAUGCAUGUCAGCAUCGAUCGUGUUUUCAUGACAUUACCGUCGCGUUUGUCGCAUAAACAUGACGUCAAAUGUACACGCUCGGACGCAAUCACACGACUCCAACAGAAGAGGCCAUAUUCCACAUGAGAAGCGCACAAGGCCACCCUGGAGUCCGAUGAUUCAAAAGUUGCUAUCAACGACACAUCUGAAGCUGAUCUAGGGAUUUUAAAUAUCAAUAUGUGACUUACAGUAUCAGAAAUACUCUUAUGGGCGUGGCCCAAACACCGUCUAUUCGACGUUAGCGUGAGGGACUUUAAAGCAAGCAUGAAGACUUAAAUGCUAAGAUGCUAAGCUAAACGCUAGCUAGAGACACGCCCACGCGUUCCUGAGUGGAUCGGUAUGUAAGUAACGUGUUCCACCUUGUGCCAAUCAAGGGUGCAGGCAUGAUGGGGGCAACUCAAAGGCCAAUGAAAAGGAGCCGUCUGACUUCUAUUGAUCUCGAGGAGCGCAGGGACCGUGUACAAAUGUAGUCUUCUUGUUCUGCCUGAUCACGUGUGUAGCAUGUACACUAAGUCCCCAACUAACGAACACAAUUGGUUCCAGACGACCGUUCUUAAGUCGAAACAAAAUUAAUAUUAGCAAUGAUAUAGGUACUACAUGUACGUGUAUACAUAUACAGUAUAUGUGUAUGUAUGUAAAUAUGAGUUUGGAUGCAGUAGUAAUAUUAAACCAGGAUAAUUAAUGAAAAAAACAAUAAUAAAAGUGAUAUAAUAAUACGUAAUGAUAAAUGUUAUUUAUCUUUGAAGAGGAGUGGUAGAACAUACGUCGUUGGUGGUGGAGGAGGAGUUAUUGAAAAAAAGGACAAAUGGUGGUGGUGGUUAGACUCUUCUAAAAGAGGUAGUGUUCUGUGGGUGGUGUAGAAUUAAGCAGGCCUAUUAACUCUUCAACUUUAAUCACACGCUCUGUUCGGGUUGUAUCAUAAAGCUAAACCUUAGCUUUCUAUUUACCGGAAGCUCUGCAGCGUCUGUUGGUCCCAUUAGCAGUGUCACAGUGCCCUCUACUGGUCAAGCAUGUACAGGAGCAGUAGAAAUUCUGUACUGAUUGAGCAGCCUAAGCACUACAAGGCAAAAUAAAACGACGUGUGUUUUUCAAUCAUUCUGCUUCAUCAAUUCAAUUGUGUCACGUGUCCGUGUGUCCAAUAGCUUCACUGCCGUGAAGAAGAGGAGGACCUCACAAAUCAAAUCAAUGGCCAAGUGAAGCUAUUGAACGAACGUAUUUAUGAAACAAUAACAAUUCCCCAGAAUGAUUUCAAAGCACAUAUUUUUUUAUUAUUUUUUUUUUGGUUGUAUUUUUUUUACAAAUACUAACGUUCUACUCGUACGUUUUCUUCUCAUACUAACAUGACUUAUUCUCAUCAUAUUUUAACCCUU